AUGCUUAAUUUCACAGAAACACAACUGUUCAAGAGUAAGAUCUCAAUCUUGACGAUUCCACGAGAAAACUUUUGGAUCUUCAAGUCUGGGGUAUUGGAGAUAAUAUAUCAUAUAAUAGACUCAUACGAGACCCGAAGUAAGUCUACACAAUCAGAUAAUGACAACUAUAGCAGCUCGGAUAAUGAAACCGACAACGACAACGAGAGUAAGGAAGAAGAAAGUGGCAUGGAAAUAGAAGACGACGGUCUCUUUUUCCAUUUGGCGUUUACCAGGGAAGAGGUUACGAUUUUCUGUUCGAGCAAGCUAAUCAAACGACAUUUCAGCAAGGCAAUUGAACUUGACAAGGAAAGUACAGUAAUAGGCGACGAGUUUUUUAUUAUACAGGUACUCAACGAUGGGUCCAAUAUUGGGAAGAAGAUAUUGGAAUUAACGCAGCCGUUGUCGUUGAACAACAUUUCCUUAUUUUUCAUAUCCAACUAUUUCUCGGAUCUCGUAUUGGUACCGAUCAAGGACAAAACUAAGGCAUUAGAGAUAUUGGAAAAUCCAUACGAGCCAAGUAUCAAUGAAGAGGCGGAAAUCAAGACAUUCGAGCUAUUCAAAAAAAAUAAUAUUCAGCCUAAGAUAGUACUGGAUUCUAAACUACUACUUACGGGUGCACGUAGUGGAGAUUAUGUUGAAGUGUUGAAGCAAACUGCUGAAGCAAUCAGCAGGCUCAAUGUGAUGAAGGAUUUCCCACGUAUAUUUGCAAUUACUCGAACCCCCACGGAGGAGAUUGGAUUGCUAUUGCCGUGUGAGGAGAAGGAGCUGAACAACUUGCGGUAUAGGAAGUCGACCAUAAUGGGAUCACUCCAAGACUAUUAUUAUGCGAUCGUCGUUGACCUAAAGAUGCUGCCGCUUGACCUGAAAGGAGUCGUUAGUGGGAUAGCAACCAAGUUACUUCGGUUGCAAGUCAAUGAGAUGAGUUACCUCUCCUUGGGUAAGUCGGGAUUGGUUUUAGUGCCCGACCUAUUUUUGGACAUUGUUGAGAGGGGGCUAUAG